AUGGCGGCCCGGCGGGGACGGGCGCCGCGCUGCACGCCGGGAAGGCGAGGCCGCUCCAAGCGGCGCCGGGCCGCCGCUCCCCCGGCCGGGCCGGGCCGGGCCCUGCCCGCCGCCCCCUUCCGCCCCACACCCGCACCGGGGAGCCCCGCGGGGGGUGCGAAGGGGACAGGUCGUGCCCGGUGCGUCCCCUUAGAGGUGUCGGCGCUCCCCGGGGCGGCUUGGGGCCGGGCCAUGCCCGGGUUGGGGCCGGGGGCCUCAGGUAUAAUGGCGGUCCCUUCCCCGGCUGGGGGGCACAGGCCCCGCGCUGCCGCCGUCAACACUCCCUCGGCCAACGGGGCUGUGGUUGGGCACCCCGAGCCCGCAAUGGGGAGGCCACUAGCCCCCCUGCCCGAGCCAGCAGCCGCCCGCUCGCACAAAGGCGAGAGAGCCACACAUGAAAAAUGGGAGGAAGCUGCCGUCGCUGGGGACAUGCCCUCGCAUGCACAGAGAGAGCAAACAAGCAGCGGCUGCAGCCUUUCAAAGGGCUUCGUCAGCCGAGGGGGUCCCGCACAGCCUGGGCGAGAGGUUGCCCUGAAGCCUGAGCUUUUGCGGGCGAAGCAGAGGGGUUGCCCUUUCGGGUACAAGAAGUUACUUCAAGCCCCAUUUAUCACAGCCGUUAAAGGACAUGCAAGGCCAGGUCCAGCUGAGAUCUGGCUGCAUGGCUUGCAUCCAUUUUCUGCCCAAAGGGCUGCCCGGGGUGUUGGGUGUCUCCGCUGCCACGCUGCCUUUUCCAUUCGUGACGGAGCGUGCAGCCCAGCCAGCCAGGGCUUGGAAGAAAGCAGGACCUUGGCCCCGGCCACCCUCCAAAACCCUGGGGAAAUCCAGCUCGUGGCUGCAGCCGGGGAGGAAACUGCCUCGGUGACGCAGUUAGCCCGUCAGAAGCACACCUGUGCGGUGAGGCCAAAUCAAUUCUCCACCUUCCAGUUGGUAGAACCCUUAACCCGGCUCUGCCAUGCCAUGGUGGACCAUGCAAUGUCCCCAGAACGUUGUGAGCAGGGCCCCACCAGUGUGAGCAAGGCCAGCUCCUUGGUGUAG